GCGGGACUCGCGGCGGCGCCGCCCCCGGCCCGGGCGCAUGGCCUCGGUGCUGCGCAGCGCCGCUCGCUUCGCCCCGCGGCUCCUGCGGGCGGCCUCGGGCCCGGCCAUGCAGCAGCCCGAGGGCGGCGGGGGCUGGCUGGGCGCGCUGCGCUUCGACAACCUGGCUCUGCGCUCGCUGCCCGUGGACGCCUCGGAGGAGAGCGGCCCGCGGACCGUGCCCGGCGCCUGCUUCGCUCGGGUGCGGCCCAGCCCGCUGCAGAACCCGCGGCUCGUGGCCAUGUCGCUGCCGGCGCUGGCGCUGCUGGGGCUGGAGGCGCCCGCGGCCGACCCGGCGGCGGCGGAGGCCGAGGCCGCGCUGUUCUUCAGCGGGAACCGGGUGCCGGCGGGCGCGGAGCCCGCGGCGCACUGCUACUGCGGCCACCAGUUCGGCAGCUUCGCGGGGCAGCUGGGCGACGGCGCCGCCAUGUACCUGGGCGAGGUGCUGGGCCCGCGGGGCGAGCGCUGGGAGAUCCAGCUCAAGGGCGCCGGCAUCACCCCCUUUUCCCGACAAGCUGAUGGUCGGAAAGUGCUGCGGUCGAGCAUCCGGGAGUUCCUGUGCAGCGAGGCCAUGUUUCACCUGGGAAUACCAACAACGCGGGCUGGCACCUGCGUCACGUCCGACUCCAGAGUCGUUCGGGACAUGUUUUAUGAUGGGAAUCCAAAAAAUGAAAGGUGUACGGUUGUUCUGAGAAUAGCCUCUACAUUUAUAAGAUUUGGCUCUUUUGAAAUUUUUAAGCCCCCUGAUGAAUACACAGGACGCAAGGGUCCCAGCGUGAACCGAAAUGACAUUCGAAUACAGAUGCUUGAUUAUGUGAUCAGCACUUUCUACCCAGAAAUCCAGGAGGCUUAUUCGGACAACACUGUUCAGAGGAAUGCUGCUUUCUUCAAAGAGAUCACCAAGCGGACAGCGAGGCUGGUUGCUGAGUGGCAGUGUGUGGGGUUUUGCCAUGGCGUGCUGAAUACAGACAACAUGAGUAUUGUUGGACUCACCAUUGACUAUGGCCCUUUUGGGUUUAUGGACAGGUAUGACCCUGAGCACGUGUGCAAUGGGUCUGAUAAUACAGGGCGCUAUGCUUACAACAAACAGCCAGAGAUUUGCAAGUGGAACCUGGGGAAACUUGCUGAAGCUUUAGUUCCAGAGCUGCCCUUGGAAAUAAGCCAACUCAUCCUGGAAGAGGAAUAUGAUGCAGAAUUUGAGAAACACUAUUUGCAGAAGAUGAGAAAAAAACUAGGCCUAAUCCAGCUGGAAUUAGAAGAAGAUAGUAAGCUGGUGUCUGUUCUGCUUGAAACCAUGCAUCUCACAGCUGGAGACUUCACAAAUAUUUUUUACUUGCUGAGUUCAUUCUCAGUAGACAUUGAUCCUUCAAAAUUUGAAGGUUUCUUGGAAGACCUUACAAGUCAGUGUGCUUCUGUGGAAGAACUGAAAGUUGUUUUUAAACCACAGAUGGAUCCAAGACAACUGUCAAUGAUGCUGAUGCUGGCUCAGUCUAAUCCUCAGCUGUUAGCAUUAAUUGGAACAAAAGCUAAUAUAAAUAAAGAACUGGAGCGCAUUGAACAGUUCUCUAAACUGCAGCAGUUAACAGCAGAUGAUUUACUUAGCAGAAAUAAAAGACACUGGAAGGAAUGGCUGGAGAAAUACAGAGUCCGUUUGCAGAAAGAAAUAGAAAGCGUUGGUAAUGCCGAUGCCUGGAACACAGAGCAUGUCAAGGUCAUGAAUUCAAACAAUCCAAAAUAUAUCUUGAGGAAUUAUAUUGCCCAGAAUGCCAUAGAAGCAGCUGAAAAUGGUGAUUUCUCAGAGGUAAGAAAUGUGCUGAAACUUUUAGAGCAUCCAUUCCAAGAAGCAGAAGGUUUCCAGGAGAUAAAGGAGGAUGCAGAAGAGGAGGGAGCAGCUGCUACAGCAGCUGUUUGUUCUCAAGAGAGCAGAAGCAAACAAUCAUAUUGCAGCAAACCUCCGCUGUGGGCUUCGGAGCUCUGCGUUACGUGAUCUUCAUAACUGCCUUGUUUCGUUUUUUGCUGUGAACUGAAGACUGAUCCUCCUUCAGCAGUGAAGAAUUCAGCAAGGCAAACAUCAAAGUGCUAUUAAGUUAUUGAAACAACACUACAUUUGGAUGCAUCUGCAGCAGUUUUCAGCUGUGCUUAAUUUGAAGCAAUUGUGGAUCAUUGGAACAAACCAGUGACAAUCAACAGCCCAUACACAUCAGUAAUCUAAAUGUUUUAAGGCCCAAAGUUUUUCCUUUAUCCUCACUACAUUGUAAGGAAAAAACAAGGUUUUAUGUUGAAGCAGGCUGAACUUCAGUCAUCGAAAUGGAGUUGUUGUUAUGUGAAGACAAAACCAGCAAGUCAGGAAUCUGAUCUGUUUUUGUCUGAUGUCUUAACUAAUAGUACUUCUCAUAUUUAUUUACUGCUUUCUCUAUGCAGAAACUUUUAGUCCUCUUUAAUGGAGGAACAGAUUCAGUGUUGCUUGUUUGAAGCUAUGUUUCAUUUAAUUAAGUAGUUCAUUUCUUGUGAACCUGCAGAUUGGUAUUUAAUCAUUAUCUAUUUUCUGAGAACGUGUGCAGGCUAGAAUUUGGGGGAGCAAUUUAAUUUUUUUUAGGAGCAGAAUUAAGGGAGAUUACAUACAUCUGCGCUUGAAAACUUGGUGGUGAAGUUUAUUCAGGUUCAGUAUGUUUGCACACAGCACCCAUAAAUAUCUGCUAAACUCAGGAGUGCAGUUUGUAACCCAAUUGCCUUGGGCAGGAUCCAUAAGCCAAAUUAGUUUGAGCCUUAAACUACCCCAGCACUCAAAUCCGGGUUUGUUGUGUCUUUAUAUCGGUGCUCCUAACAGAGUCUGCCUGUUUGAGAAGUGUGCAGGUGAGGUACCUGCUCAUCAUGCAGGUCAGUGGGGCUCUUCCAUUCCUUCUCUACUCUUGCACCAUUUAGUUUGUUUCCAUGGUCCUUGAAAAUCUUCAAGCUGGAAAUUGGCCAUUUAGGAGCGUGCUGUUUGAGCUUGGUAAAAGAUGAUGGAGGAUGUGGGAGAAGAAGAGGAGCUGACUUGCUCACAAGUUACUUAAAAUGCUUCAGUUGAGGUUUCAGGGGAAGGUUGUUUGCCAUUAUUGUCACAUCAUCAGAGUUGUUCUGUAGUUGUUACUUAGCUUUGAGUUUCUCUUUGAAGGACUGUUACUAGUUCAGACACCUGAAAGGUUUGGUUUAAUGCAAAGGCUUCUCCUUCCAAAGAGAUCACUGGCUCACACUGAGAUGUUACGUGUCCUCCAGGAAAUUCUUCUGCUACCCCCAUGCAAAUUUGUCACCAGCUUGGGUUGAAUUGUGGUUUUUUAAGUCUUCCUCAGUAUGAGCUGUCAGCAGACAGAAAGUACAGCUGGACUGUUGCUUAUCCACCUGCACUAAUAGUCAGUUUGUCCUCCUCACUGUCACAGGACAUAGGACAUGCUUUGAAUGUAAGCAUUUAUUCUGUCUUGGAGCUGGAGGAACUGAUUUGUGAUAAACUGUGAUCUCUGACAAGCACAGCACUUUCUGUGUGAUUUUGGAGUCCUUAAAGAAAAGGACAAACUAGGUGUAUUACCUAGCCCAUGGAAGAAUGGUGUAGUUGAAAAAGGUCUGUUGGGAAUAAUCCAUUUUUGUGGGAAUUAGGAGCUUUCAUUGAGGAUUAUCCUCCCUUUAAAUUUGGGUUACUGAAACCAAACCACUUAAUGGAAACAUUAGCAGAAAGUCAGUGCUGGGUAAACAGGACUGCAUCAGGGAGGGAAAGUGCAUGUGCAGUUUGAAAUACACUUGAGACAUCCCCUUGCAGAACCUGUGGUCUCUUACAGUGUGCCUGGUCCACAAGGGAGCAACAGAACGGGGAGAAGUUGCUCCAAACUGAUCAACAUAACUGUGCUGAUUCUGUUUCUCAGUUUAUAUCUUUUAUUUUGGGACACAGAGGGGAACAGAGUUUUAGAGGAGCUCUGUCCUAGCUUUUUUCUUUACCAAAAUGGUGUAAAAAAGUAAGGAUUCUUAGCCAUACCUGAACUAUUAAGUCUUUUUAACAGCAUUCUAGUAAUAAUAAUUUGGGGGGGUUGAGUAGGUCUCUGUUAAUAGUGGUACAGAGAAGGAGAAUAAUAAUGUAACUGUGUGUUUGGACAUCCAAGAAUUUGGAUUAACUACCAAAUUAUUGUGCACCUAUAUUGCCAAAAUCACAGAAGGAGAUACUUUGGAAUAAUUUACAAGCAAUUCUCUUAUCUUAAAAAGGGAAAAUGAAUGUUACAGUGAGAACUGCAAACGCAUUUGCUGCUAAAUAUUCUUUGCUUACAUGUCAGUCAAGUGCAAGAGGUCUGGCAGGGUUGGAAUGAUUAAUGCAGCCCCUUGGUGUGCCUCUCAGUGAAGUUGUAUGUCUAACAGUGUUCACCAACAGUGGAAACUCUGAAGCUUUCACACGUUCCAGCUGCACGGACACCCAACUGCAUUGGAGAACCCAACGGUUCUCCAGGGCAUGCAGUAAUAUCAGUGCUGUGUGUUUGAAGCAUGAUGAUCCAGAGCCAAGUGGAAUGCUUGUGCUCUUCCAGCACUCAUUUCAGCAGGUGGGUUGUAGUUUGAUCUCUGAUGAUAGUGAGUUUCUUCUGUUCUUGUUCCUGGAGCAGUGUGGAAGAGGGAGGUUGAGCAGCAGCAUGAUUAGGCCAAAUUUUGUCCAGAUUAGAAUGUUACCACUUAGCUCAGUUCUUCAGAGAGAAGGGAGUGCAGCUUAGAGCAUUUUGGAAUCUAAAUACUUGAAUCAUAAUUUGCUUCCUGAUUUUUACUGCCUGUAUUUGCAAUGGGUUCUGAAAAUAAUAUUCCUGGUCAAAUAUUCUGCUUACAUAAAAGCCAUGGAGUUGUGCUCAAAAUGAAGUGGUGACUCUUCCUAUCAAAAGCUUUCUGUGGAAAUACUUGAUUAGACUUAAUCCUGUGGCUACACCAUAUAUCCUAAAGUACCUUCGCAUAAAAUCAAGUGGUACCUACCCAGAUUCCAAAACUGAAAUGAGAAACUAUUGGAGAUGAGUCUCUGGAUAGUCUCACAUGAUAGUGGGACUCUUUUCAUGACUUGGUAAGAUCUCACCAUAACUCUGCUUCAUGAGCUUGUAAAUCUACAGUUGCAGAAUGUUUUGAUGUCAGCUCUUCUUUUGGAAUGUUGUGUGGGUUUGGGGGACUUUUUUGGUUUGUUUCUGGGCUGGGUUUGUUGGGUUUUUUUCCAAAUAAGUGCUACAGAUUUGAUUAUUUUAUUAAAAUUAAUUAAAAUUGCAA